UCCUCUAUAAAUCCCCUAUCUACUCUCCCUCAAAAGCCCAUCCUAAAACUUAGUUCUUCUCCAAUUUCAGUCCAUGGCUGCGCUACAUUCUUCUGCAUUCCUCACUAUCUCCAUCCUCCUAUUCAUCUGUUUCCUAUCAUCAGCAGAGGCUCUCGGAGGAAAAAAAACAGGAGGAAAAACUGAAAUAAAAAAUGUGAAGUCAAACAAAGAAAUACAAGAUUUGGGGAAAUUUUCAGUUGAUGAUUAUAAUCUGGCUUACAAGAAAGGAGACAAAGGACGUUUGAUAUUCAAACAAGUUGUUAAAGCCGAGAAACAAGUUGUUUCUGGGAUUAAAUACUUCUUGAAAGUUUCUCUAAUUUGGGAGGGUAAACCUCAUUUGUUUGAUGCUACUGUUGUUGUAAAAGCUUGGGAAACACCUUCUAGAUCUGUUGUUAGUUUUGGUCCUGUUGAUUAAUUUAGGGAUUUUAGCAGGGUUUGGAUUUCAUGUAAUUGUGUGUGUUUAAUGCUUGAAACUAUAAAUUAUGUUGAGUUAUUAAUAAAAUUGGUGAGAUUUGCUCUUCUCAUCAUCUUCUUGUGAUUUUCA